GUAAAAUUGUAAAAUUGAAACUAUGAGAAUCCCUCCUGUUUCAGUUUUCUUACGAUCAGAGGGUCACCUAAUGCUGUAAGUACUCCUCCCGCCUGGCAGAGGGCGCUGUUGCGCAGGUGUGUCGUGGAAGCGCAGCUUUAGGGGUUUUGUUCCCAGAGCUCCUCUGUGCGCUGUCCACUUCAGCACCACGAACCGAGCGGAUGCAGCGGGCCAGCUAACGCCGAGGAGGGACCGAAAACACGGCUCCCCACCAGCCACGGCGCACGCCCCGCUUCCUAUCCCAGUAAAUCCUGAAAACCGCGCACGGAAUUGACGAUAAACGACGAACUCGGCGAGAGAAAAGACCGUCGGGAAGCCUGAAGUAAUCAUGUACGAUGCCACACGGGUACCAUCUCCUAAAGAUGGUGCAAACGGGAUGGCGCAGCCCGCGCUCCCCGCUGGAUCAGAACCAGGAACGGCUGCCGGAUUGGCGGGGACGACUUCCUCUGCGGCGCUCCAAGAGAAAAGUGAGGAGGGACAGCCGGGCACGGAGGAGGAAGAGGAGUCUAAAGUGGAACCUGUCCUGGUGAAGAAGCCACACAGAGAGAUCCUGGACCACGAGAGGAAGAGGAGGGUUGAACUCAAAUGUAUGGAGCUUCAGGAGAUGAUGGAGGAGCAGGGGUACACGGAGGAGGAAAUCCAACAGAAAGUGAGCACAUUCAGACAAAUGCUGAUGGACAAAGAAGGUGUGAUUACCAGAGAUGGGUCCCACCCUCAGCCAGUGAUGAACCAUUAUCCGUCUGAGUAUGAAGACGACGCCGACAUCGUUGACUAUCAAGAUGAAGGUUAUCACUAUGACUACCACAGCGACAACAGAGUGAAAAGGAAAUCCAGCAGCUCUCCAUCCCCUCGCCCAAAGAAAAGGAAGAAGAAAAAGUCUGGACGACGAAGGAGCCGGUUUGGCAGCUCCUCACCCACUCGCAGAGAGAAAAAGAAAAAGAGUGGAAAAAAACACAAGAGAGACAGGUCUACAUCUGACUCCAGGAAGAAGAGAAGACACAGAUCCAGCAGCCCAAAGAACAAACACAAAGACAAGAACAAACAGAAAAAAAGGUCCCCCGGUGAGAGCCCCAGCAGGAGUUCACAGCGCCAAGGCAGCUGCUGCAGCUCCCGGAGCGCCUCCCUGUCCUCAGCACACAGCACCUCCAAGUCCCCCGUCAGACUCAAUUCCAAGCACAAGGCAGAUGAAGAGAGAGCGUCCGCCCCCACUCUGUCCCUGGGCUCCAACAAUCCCACCGAGUGGCACAACGGGGACCACACCCAGCGGAGCCGCAACGGCAAGGCCGGCAGACUCAAACACGCCGACGGCGAGAAAGGGAAUGAUAGGCUCAAUCUGCUGACUGCUAGCCAGUCCUCUGUGCUGAAACAGCACAAGAUCCACAGCGCCCCCAGCAGGAGCCAGACGGCACAGGCGUGCGCGACAGGCGAGGCUGGGACUGUGGACGGCAGGACCCCAGCCGUGGGGGGCUCCAUUACCCAGGGGCCGGGGAGGAAAGGGGGGCAGAGAGGCCAGAGGAAGAGCUCCCACUCUCCUGCUCGGAGCAGCGACUCAGCCCACUCCCAGCACAACCACGCCCACAGAGGCAGAACCGCACGCCACCAGAGAAAGACAAAAGGCCACUCCUCCAAGCGCCGCCAUCGCUCUGGUCGGUCUCAGGCACACCACAGAAGUCCGUCGGCCUCUCCGGGGCGGCGCUCGCACAUGUCGGCUCGGAAGAGCAAAGAGUCCCAGAGCAAGGUGAACCUGCGCCCGCGCAGCAGCUCCUGGAGCAGCGGCCGCUCAUCCUCUCGCUCCGCCUCCAAAGACUGCGGCCCCAGCAAGGUCAGGUCCCCCCACCGACAGGUGAACUCCAGGGAGAGGGAUAGCGCCAAUCGCUCCGACGCUGAAAGCCGAGCUCGCCGCCGCUCACGCAGCUACUCCCCCAUCAGGAAGAGAAGAAGAGAUUCACCCAGCUUCAUGGAGGCACGCAGGAUCACCAGCGCCCGGAAGCGCCCGAUCCCCUACUACCGGCCCAGCCCCUCGUCGACCAGCCUCGACAGCAGCCCGUCGCGGACCAGCCGCAGCUACAGCAGCUACAGCAGCUACAGCCACAGCAGGAGCCCCAGCCGCAGCCGCAGCCGCAGCUGGAGCCGGAGUCGCAGCCAGAGCCGCAGCUGGAGCCGCAGCCGCUCGCGCAGCCAUCACACCUACUACAGCCGCAGCAGCUACGACAGCCCGGGCUUCUGACUGCAGCUGCUGUCCAAACCCAGGGCCCAUAACUCUUCCACCCUCCUCUAUCUUUGGCACAGAGCCUGGAACAAACUUCGCCGCAGAAUUGGUCGUCAGUUUCAAAGGUUUCCACCGAUCUAACAUGAAUUGGCUGAGCCCAAAGAACAAAUCCCACACGGUCAGCACUUUUCACCCAUCUUCCACAAGGCAACCAAAAAUGAUUUUUUAGCAACUGUAUCCUUCAUGAAUAUUUAUAAAUAUAUAAAUACAGCAUAAAUAUAUAUAUGUCCUUUGAAAAGGAGCUCGACAAAAGGAAGAGAAAACACAGUUCCUUCAUCACCUUCCAUGUCACAGAAGCGCACCGAUCAAGAGAAGCGAGAACAAACCAGAAAACUUUUUUAUGAUUCCGACUUUCAUGUAUAGAUUUGUCUGUAUAGAUGUAAACUCUUUUUGUGUUCUGGCUUUGUAAACUAUGCAUUGAAUCCUCCACUUAGCUCCAGGAGCUUUGUUCGGCGCGGUUCUUGGGGGGAAAAGUGGAUCCUCCGUGGAUCGAGACUUUUGCUCCGACGGCCCUAGAUCAAAGGAUCUUGUUCACUUUUGGGUUUUAUCGUGCGCGUGGGCGUGCACCCCCACUCUGCAGGUGAACCUCCAUAGGAAAACUGUCUCCAUGCACCACGCUAUUUAUUAUUUAUUUAUUUAUUCCUUUAUUUAUUGGGUUAUUUAUUUAUGAACUUACAGGACGGAUCAUGCUUUGAUGCUUUUAAUGGGGGGGGCGGGGGGUCCUUCCAGGCAGACAGUGCUGCCUGUUAAACCGUUCUCAUCCACAUCAUCCUAAACAUUGUGAUGUUUAUCUGGGGCUGCUGUGGCGUUCGCCUGCAGCGAGAAUGGACAGAUUAGCCUGGAGCACGACCGCACCUUUGUCCCUGAAUCCAUUAUUUAUUUGCAGCUUCUGCAUUAUUUACACCCCCUAUCAGUGAUCCUCACCAUUUUUCUGGUUGGAGAAAAUGCGUGUGAUGGCAUUGAGGCCGCGGUGCCGUCCGCCCGCCGCUAUCAGCAGGACGGCAAAACCAGCUGGCAACAGAAUCAGGGAUCAGCCGAAGUCUUCCUUUCUAUCUGUGCGGUCUGGUUCAUCUGUGGGUGCUGCGUUGUGAACAGACGUAACUCAACUAUGAUGCUCUGCAAACGUCUUCAUUUAAACGUCGCUUCUUCGGUUCAAAUCAUUCUUUGUAUUGUACAAUUUAUUAAACCUGACAAUAAACAGAACUGGAAGAUC